CUCAGCCGCUGCCGCCGCCGCCGCCGCCUCCGCCUCCGCCCGCUGGCCAUGUCCUCCGGCCGCCGCCGCCGCCGCCGCACGAGCGCGGGGCUCCCGCGGCCCAGCGCGCAGUGAGAGCGGGGCCCUCUUGCCGUUCGCCCGCCCCGGGGCCCCCUUGUUCUCAGCGCCGCCGCCGCCGCCAUGUUGGGUUCAGAGCCGCAGCGGAGCCGCCGCCGCCGCCGCCGGUGAGGGAGGCCGAGAGCGGAGCCCGCCCCGCCCCGGGGCCCAGGGAGCGGGGCCGCCUCGGAGCCCGGCCUCUCCCCGCCAGCCGCCUUCCCGGCCCGCCCGCCCGCCCGCGGUGUGAGCGAGCGAGCGAGCGCCGGGCCGCGCCUUCCGUUCCCGGCCUGAGCGAGCCCGCCGUCCGUUCGUUCCCCCGCCGCCGGGCCCGGUCAUAUCCUGCAGCGGAGCCCUCCAGAGUCAGCGCCAUGGCGGAGCAGACCUACUCGUGGGCCUAUUCCCUGGUGGAUUCCAGUCAAGUGUCUACAUUUCUGAUUUCCAUUCUACUUAUAGUCUAUGGUAGUUUCAGGUCCCUUAAUAUGGACUUUGAAAAUCAAGAUAAGGAGAAAGACAGUAACAGUUCUUCUGGGUCUUUCAAUGGCAACAGCACCAAUAAUAGUAUCCAAACUAUUGACUCUACCCAGGCCCUGUUCCUUCCAAUUGGAGCAUCUGUUUCUCUCCUAGUAAUGUUCUUCUUCUUUGACUCAGUUCAAGUAGUUUUUACAAUAUGUACAGCAGUUCUUGCAACGAUAGCUUUUGCUUUUCUUCUUCUCCCGAUGUGCCAGUAUUUAACAAGACCCUGUUCACCUCAGAACAAGAUUUCCUUUGGUUGUUGUGGGCGUUUCACUGCUGCUGAAUUACUAUCAUUCUCUCUGUCUGUCAUGCUCGUCCUCAUCUGGGUUCUCACUGGCCAUUGGCUUCUCAUGGAUGCCCUGGCCAUGGGUCUCUGUGUCGCUAUGAUCGCCUUCGUCCGCCUGCCCAGCCUCAAGGUCUCCUGCCUGCUUCUCUCAGGGCUUUUAAUCUACGAUGUCUUUUGGGUGUUUUUCUCUGCCUACAUCUUUAAUAGCAACGUCAUGGUGAAGGUGGCCACACAGCCGGCUGACAAUCCCCUUGACGUUCUAUCCCGGAAGCUCCACCUGGGGCCCAAUGUUGGGCGCGAUGUUCCUCGCCUGUCUCUGCCUGGAAAACUGGUCUUCCCCAGCUCCACUGGCAGUCACUUCUCUAUGUUGGGCAUUGGAGACAUCGUGAUGCCUGGACUCCUGUUGUGCUUUGUCCUUCGUUACGACAACUACAAAAAGCAAGCCAACGGUGACUCCUGCAGUGCCUCUGGACCCGCCAACAUCUCCGGACGCAUGCAGAAGGUUUCCUACUUUCACUGCACCCUCAUUGGAUACUUCGUAGGUCUACUCACUGCUACUGUGGCGUCUCGAAUUCACCGAGCAGCCCAGCCCGCCCUUCUCUAUUUGGUGCCAUUUACCUUAUUGCCACUCCUCACGAUGGCCUAUUUAAAGGUGAGAGAGGCAGUUAUAAACCAGUGAAAGCAAUAACAUGGCAUUGACCCUGGACUUGGAAGCAAUCUGAUCUGAGAUCAGGAGUCAGAAAGGACUUGUAGGUAUGUAUGCCUCGAGUUGAAAUCUGUGACUUAGUGAAGUUCCUUCUUUCCCAGGGUGACCUACGGCGGAUGUGGUCUGAGCCAUUCCACUCCAAGUCCAGCAGCUCCCGAUUCCUGGAAGUAUGAUGGAUCACAGAGAGCGACCAGAAUGGCCUCUCAGUCCUUUUCUGUCCACGUGUGGUUUUGUUUCCUCUUAGAGCUGGCCUGGUACUCGGAGAUCUACCUGUCUAAGGACUGCCAUGUGACCGGAUUAUGCAUUUGCAGGAGCGAGGUGCUGGAGCCUGCGUGGUUCCUUCUCUUCCUGCCGUUGGAGAGGUGGAGCCCCUCCUGAAGUGACAGGCCUUCCCCAGCACUCCUCCCUCCCCCGUUUUUAUGGAUCUGCACCAGACUGUUAACCUUUGGGGGACGGAGAUGUGACUGUUUAAACUGACAAGGGCAAGGAGUUGUUCUAUACCUUUGAACACUAAAAGGAUGAAAAACAUUAGCGAACUGGUUUCCUCAGUGAACCCUCAAGAACUUUUGGGACCAGUUUCCUAUGGGGGACUCAGUUUCAGAGAACUGAGACAGAAACUCUUCUGUCAUUAUAUUCUUCUUUCCGUUUUUUGGAUUUAUUAAAUAUUUUCUGUGGUGUGAAGUGACUUAUUAAAUCCACAGACACUGAGUGACUUCUUACAACAUACACAUAAGAAUUUGUUGUAAUGAGUUCACGUCCACCCAGAUGUUGUGUUGGCAGUGAACGAGGGCACGGUUUUUAUACAUACAUACACACACAUGCACAUGGAUAUAUAUGAAUAAACAAAAAUUAAAACCUGCUAAGAUCAUGCUGUAUAGCAGACAGGGGCUUGCUGUAAUUUUUAGCAUGUAGAGCAGUUCACUCUGGCUUCCUUGUAUAUGGAUAAGCGGCUGUCUUUCCCUCCACAACUGAACGUGCAGUUAAAAAACAGUAUAGUAUUUGUACUGAUAUACUCAUGGACUUUAGGGGAUGCUCAUUUGGUUUUUGAUCAGUGUAGCAAAUUAGGGAUGAAAAGUUAAAACUUUUUGGCCCUUUUUUCAUUUUUACAGGCUUCUCCCUUGCAGGGUUUUUGAUAGUUUCUUCUUGAACCAGUGCAUGUAUUAUAGCAGCAGGUGUCUUUGUGCUUUCUGAUCAUAGUAAUGUACUACUUGUAAAUACAUUUUUCUAUUUUCUAUUUUUUUGUAUUUUUUUUGGCAUUUUGUUUCAUUGGUGUGCUGUAUUUUCCAUGCCCUCACUCCUUUAAGAAAAAAAAAGGAAAAAAGCAACA